GAGACAGUCCAGCGGCCAUGGCCGUUCACGGUGGCAUGUACUGCCGUUUGAUAGCCAGUCACACCGGCGCCAGAAGAGCCUUGACGCGUCUGGGGAGGAUCUUCGCGCAAUGCGCCAACGGGGAGAACCGCAGACGGUACUCCGGCGUUACGCACAGGGAAAACCAAGUUGAACUUGCAGACUCCAGUUCAGUUCCCAACUUCGCCAAAAAUAGGCCAAGACAGAGGUUAAAAGAUGACACCACACCCUUCUCAGCAUUCCUUACAGACAACUUUGGUCGGAGGCACAGCUACCUCCGUAUCUCCCUAACUGAGAAAUGCAACCUGCGUUGUCAGUACUGCAUGCCGGAGGAGGGGGUGAAGCUCACGCCGCGGGGCCAACUCCUGUCCACCUCGGAGGUGCUGACCCUGGCACGCCUCUUCGUCAAGGAGGGGGUAGAGAAGAUCCGCCUCACUGGAGGAGAGCCCCUCAUCAGACCUGACGUAGUGGACAUCAUUGCGGAGCUGAGGAAACUUGAGGGCCUCAAGACGAUUGCAGUGACCACCAAUGGGAUGAACCUGUCCAGGCUGCUGCCCAAGCUGAAGGAAGCGGGCCUGGACCUGCUCAACAUCAGCCUGGACUCUCUGGUGCCCGCCAAGUUUGAGUUCAUCGUCAGGCGGAAAGGGUUCCACAAGGUCAUGGAGGGCAUCGAUAAGGCCAUUGAGAUGGGCUACCAACCUGUCAAGGUCAACUGUGUGGUCAUGCGGGGCCUCAAUGAGGACGAGCUGCUCGACUUUGUGGCCCUCACGGAGAAGAAACCGCUGGAGGUGCGCUUCAUUGAAUACAUGCCAUUUGAUGGUAACAAGUGGAAUUUCAAGAAAAUGGUGAGCUACCAGGAAAUGCUGGACCAUAUAAGGCAGCAGUGGCCCACCCUUGAAAUGCUUCCCAUCGGACAUGCAGAGACAGCCAAGACGUUCAAAGUGCCAGGCUUCAAAGGGCAAGUCGGCUUCAUCACCUCCAUGUCCGACCACUUUUGUGGUUCCUGCAACCGCUUACGCAUCACAGCAGAUGGCAACCUCAAGGUGUGUUUGUUCGGCAACGCCGAAGUGUCCCUCAGAGAUGUCCUGCGUUCAGGGGCAUCAGAGGAGGAGCUACUGCAAAUCAUUGGGGCUGCAGUGGGCCGGAAGAAGAAGCAACACGCUGGCAUGUUCAGCAUUUCCCAGAUGAAGAACAGGCCUAUGAUCCUCAUUGAUACCACAUCCCAAAGGCUUCUCUCUCCACCGGAGUCAGAAGACAGCCGGGGGGCUUUACUCUCUGUUCCCUACCUUAAAAAUCAGAGAUUCUUCACUCAAAAAAUGGCUCCUCACCUGCACCACCCAGGCGGUAGCAGAGCUAAGAUGGGUGAGGACGUUUUGUGCCUUUCUGGCAGCACUGUUUUAACAAGGGCUGAAGAUGUUUGCUGCUCAGGAACCUCCAGGAGGGGUGGUUCCUAUUUUAGCUCACCUAUCAUCAAAGCAAACCUCCAUGGGACUGGAAGUGUCCACAAUGCAGAACCCCUCCACUUUAAGUCUGGAAAUAUACCCCCUCCCCUUCGUUCUCCAAUGAAGACUGUGAAUUAUGCCAAACGCACAACAUUUAUGAGCCACGUUUAUGCAGACUGUCUCAGGUACGCACAAGUAAGGGGUCCUUGUUUCGUAAAAAGACACUCAGUUGGGACCCCAGGAAUGCCCUAUUUUUGCACACUAAUAAAUAAUGCCAAAUUAAGUACCAACAAGCACCACGGCAUUAGACUAUGCCAUGGGCAAACUCCCAGUGAAGACCUCAAAACCAAAACUGAGCUAUCCCCAUGUGGUCAGAGCCCAUCGGGCACGAAUCCCCCAGAAAUCCACGGGCUUGAUGGUACCACCAAAGCCCAUUUGACGCACACAGAUGCCCAGGGCCGAGCCACCAUGGUGGAUGUUGGCAGCAAACUGCCCACGUGUCGGACCGCCACAGCCCGCGCCUCUGUUAUUUUAGGCCCCACUGCCUUCCAGCUGUUACGAGAAAACCAGCUGGCGAAAGGCGAUGCAUUAGCCGUGGCACAACUAGCUGGCAUUAUGGCUUCCAAGCAGACCUCGUCCCUCAUCCCACUCUGCCACCCCCUCUCAUUAGACCACGCCUCUGUCACCUUUGACCUCAACGAGCAGCAGAAUGCCGUGGUCAUCACGUCAGCAUGCCGCACCGUGGGCAGAACGGGAGUGGAGAUGGAGGCCCUGACAGCUGUGACGGUGGCGGCGCUGACCCUUUAUGACAUGUGCAAGGCGGUGAGCCAUGACAUUGUCAUUGCGGACGUACAGCUGGUCAGUAAGACGGGAGGGAAGAGGGACUUCCAUCGGGACUCCUGAUGGACCACCUCGCCCCGGGCUUUUUUGUUGUUCGCUUAGUGUUAAUGUUCUUACAAAUGAAUUGAGCACUGGAUUUUCUAGUCUUGUAUUACCAUUUUAACGUUGCACUUCCAGCUUCUGUAUGUAGUUCACCUGACUGCCUGGGUCUUGCUCUUUUUCCCUCUCCUUCACAUUCACAUUUAUUUAGAAAGUAGAUAGGUGGUUGGUUGACUUUGAAAUGCAAAUCAGAGUUGUUUCAAGUCUUAUUUAAACAGAGUUUCACAGUUAACAUAUGUCAUAUUUCAGAACUAUACAUUAGAUUGAUUUAUUUUGUAGCUUUUUGAUCUCAGUGCAGCUUACGACCUAAGCAAGUUGGAGGUUAGCGGGGCUGUGUAUAUUAAAAUGAAAGUUUGCGAAAGUGUUGGAUUAAGUAUCUCUUGCCAUCUUCAGAAGGUUUUUCAAAGCUCAUGUGUACCUUAAGCAUAGUUUGAUUUUAUUCAAGCUAGUUGCCCUAGGCAGCAUGGUGGCGCAGUGGUUAGUGCGGUCGCCUCACAGCAAAAAAAGUCCUGGGUUUGAGCCCUGGGGUAGUUCAACCU